GUCAGACUUGCGUAUAAUGGUAGUUACAUCAUGUAGCGGAGUCCUUCCUUCCUCUGUACAGUCCGGUACAGUCGUGCAAACUGAGCCUCUGAAGACUCAUGUAACUUCACUGGAUAUUUUAUUUAUAUUCAGAUAGCGACACACGCAUUUAAAACAGUCAAGAUGUCUGACGUUAGUUAUGAUGACAAUGAGUCCAAGUUCCUGCGAAAAGCAAAGGAGAAUCCCUUUGUCCCAGUUGGAAUGGCUGGGUUCUUUGCCAUUGUUGGGUACAGGCUGUAUAAAAUGAAGAAUCGGGGAGAUACAAAAAUGUCGGUCCACCUGAUCCACAUGCGUGUAGCAGCCCAAGGCUUUGUGGUUGGAGCCAUGACUGUUGGGGUCCUGUAUUCGAUGUACAGAGAGUACAUUGCAAAACCCAGAGAACAACAGAAAGCAGCAGAACACAAGUGAACGUCAACUCUCACACUGACAUUGUAUGUCCCUUAAUAUUACCUCAUAUUAAGGUGUGUAGAAAGUUUAUUUUUACAGAUGUGUCAUCAUUUUUGUAUGCACACAUCCCUUCAGCAGCUCACUUCCAAUGUAAAUAGUUAUAACUCACUGAUUAUAUUUUCUGUCCUCUAAGUGAGGGUCAAGCUAUCACUUCUGUAUUGAGAAGGUGUACUGAUCUGUUCUAACACUGUUUACACACUGUGUGCACACUGUUUGCAGUUGGAAACCCAGCUGGUUUGAUAUCUGUAUGGACAGGUGACAUUACUGAUGGAGUUUUGUUGCUAUGUUCUUUUAUGUACUGAUGUAGGGAUUUUUGCCAAAUCAAAAAUUCUGCACCUAAGCCCACUUUUUUGGGCAUCGCAGUGCAACAAUACAAUGUUAUGGAAACCUUUGACAACAUGUGGCCUACAGAAAAGGCCCAUGCUUUCACAUUAUUUUAACAAGGACACAAAUAGUUUUUGACUCCUUACAGUGUCAGAUUGUCCUGCUAAACAAAGGUAUAAAAAAGUAAAUACAUGGAAAUAGGAAACGGAACAAAAAACCAAUGAAACUCUGUAUAACUAAAAUUUAAUAAAUGCCAAGUCUUCUAUUCAUAUUUGUAUCAUCAUAUUGUGAUAAAUAGCAGUCCAUUGUUUCAUUUUAGCAGCUUCACAAGUCUUCAUGAGAUAUAUCAGCUAAACAAACUGAGGUACACGAUCAGACUGUACAGUAAUCUAUUAAACAUCAUAUAAAAAUAGAUGCCUUGUUAAGUUAUUCACAAUGUUGAGUUUAAUGUUGUGUGAUGAUGCAGAACGUUAUUUUUGAGAAUGUUAAGUUUGUGUCUUUAGCUUUUUCUCUGGAAAUAAAAAUUUACAGUCUCGUAAUUCUAAAAA